CCUCCAGGUCCUGGCGCACAGGGUGGGAGCGCUGCGCUGCGCCGCGCUGCGCAUCGCGGCCCGCUUGCCGCCUGCCCCCUGCCCUAGCUGGGCCACCUCCCCGGGCUGCCGGUGGAGGGCUAAGAGGCGCUAACGUUACGCUGUUUCCGGUUUUCCAGCGGGCUCUGUUUCCCCUCCCAAGGCGGCGGCGGCUGAGCGGCGGAGCCCCCCAAAUGGCCUGGCCAGAUGCGGCAGGUUUGCUGCUCAGCGCUGCCGCCGCCGCCACUGGAGAAGGGUCGGUGCAGCAGCUACAGCGACAGCAGCAGCAGCAGCGAGAGGAGCAGCAGCAGCAGCAGCGAGAGCGGCGGCAGCAGCAGGAGCAGCAGCAACAACAGCAGCAUCUCUCGUCCCGCUGCGCCCCCAGAGCCGCGGCCGCAGCAACAGCCGCAGCCCCGCAGCUCCGCAGCCCGGAGAGCCGCCGCCCGUUCGCAAGCCGCAGCCGCCGGCGGCAUGAGGCGCGACCCGGCCCCCGGCUUCUCCAUGCUGCUCUUCGGUGUGUCGCUCGCCUGCUACUCGCCCAGCCUCAAGUCGGUGCAGGACCAGGCGUACAAGGCACCCGUGGUGGUGGAGGGCAAGGUACAGGGGCUGGCCCCAGCUGGCGGCUCCAGCUCCAACAGCACCCGAGAGCCGCCCGCCUCGGGUCGCGUGGCGCUGGUAAAGGUGCUGGACAAGUGGCCGCUCCGGAGCGGGGGGCUGCAGCGCGAGCAGGUGAUCAGCGUGGGCUCCUGUGCGCCGCUCGAAAGGAACCAGCGCUACAUCUUUUUCCUGGAGCCCACAGAACAGCCCUUAGUCUUUAAAACGGCCUUUGCCCCCCUCGACACCAACGGCAAAAAUCUCAAGAAAGAGGUGGGCAAGAUCCUGUGCACUGACUGCGCCACCCGGCCCAAGUUGAAGAAGAUGAAGAGCCAGACGGGACAGGUGGGUGAGAAGCAAUCGCUGAAGUGUGAGGCAGCAGCCGGUAAUCCCCAACCUUCCUACCGUUGGUUCAAGGACGGCAAGGAGCUCAACCGCAGCCGAGACAUUCGCAUCAAAUAUGGCAACGGCAGAAAGAACUCACGACUACAGUUCAACAAGGUGAAGGUGGAGGACGCUGGGGAGUAUGUCUGCGAGGCAGAGAACAUCCUGGGGAAGGACACCGUCCGGGGCCGGCUUUACGUCAACAGCGUGAGCACCACCAUCUCAUCCUGGUCGGGGCACGCCCGGAAGUGCAACGAGACAGCCAAGUCCUAUUGCGUCAAUGGAGGCGUCUGCUACUACAUUGAGGGCAUCAACCAGCUCUCCUGCAAAUGUCCAAAUGGAUUCUUCGGACAGAGAUGUUUGGAGAAACUGCCUUUGCGAUUGUACAUGCCAGAUCCUAAGCAAAAAGCCGAAGAGCUGUACCAGAAGAGGGUGCUGACUAUCACGGGCAUCUGCGUGGCUCUGCUGGUCGUGGGCAUCGUCUGUGUGGUGGCCUACUGCAAGACCAAAAAACAGCGGAAGCAGAUGCACAACCACCUCCGGCAGAACAUGUGCCCGGCCCACCAGAACCGGAGCUUGGCCAAUGGGCCCAGCCACCCCCGGCUGGACCCAGAGGAGAUCCAGAUGGCAGAUUAUAUUUCCAAGAACGUGCCAGCCACAGACCAUGUCAUCAGGAGAGAAACUGAGACCACCUUCUCUGGGAGCCACUCCUGUUCUCCUUCUCACCACUGCUCCACAGCCACGCCCACCUCCAGCCACAGACACGAGAGCCACACGUGGAGCCUGGAACGUUCUGAGAGCCUGACUUCUGACUCUCAGUCGGGGAUCAUGCUAUCAUCAGUGGGUACCAGCAAAUGCAACAGCCCAGCAUGUGUGGAGGCCCGGGCAAGGCGGGCAGCAGCCUACAACCUGGAGGAGCGGCGCAGGGCCACCGUGCCACCUUACCAUGACUCCGUGGACUCCCUUCGCGACUCCCCACACAGCGAGAGGUACGUGUCGGCCUUGACCACGCCCGCGCGCCUCUCGCCCGUGGACUUCCACUACUCGCUGGCCACGCAGGUGCCGACUUUCGAGAUCACGUCCCCCAACUCGGCGCACGCCGUGUCGCUGCCGCCGGCCGCGCCCAUCAGUUACCGCCUGGCGGAGCAGCAGCCGUUACUGCGGCACCCGGCGCCCCCCGGCCCGGGACCCGGGCCCGGGCCCGGCGCAGACAUGCAGCGCAGCUACGACAGCUACUACUACCCCGCAGCGGGGCCCGGACCGCGGCGCGGGACCUGCGCGCUUGGCGGCAGCCUGGGCAGCCUGCCCGCCAGCCCCUUCCGCAUCCCCGAGGACGACGAGUACGAGACCACGCAGGAGUGCGCGCCCCCGCCGCCGCGGCCGCGCGCGCGCGGCGCGUCCCGCAGGACGUCGGCGGGGCCCCGGCGCUGGCGCCGCUCGCGCCUCAACGGGCUGGCGGCGCAGCGCGCAAGGGCGGCGCGGGACUCGCUGUCGCUGAGCAGCGGCUCGGGGGGAGGCUCGGCCUCGGCGUCGGACGACGACGCGGACGACGCGGACGGGGCGCUGGCGGCCGAGAGCACGCCUUUCCUGGGCCUGCGCGCGGCGCACGACGCGCUGCGCUCGGACUCGCCGCCACUGUGCCCGGCGGCCGACAGUAGGACUUACUACUCCCUGGACAGCCACAGCACGCGGGCCAGCAGCAGACACAGCCGCGGGCCGCCCCCGCGGGCCAAGCAGGACUCGGCGCCACUCUAGGGCCCCGCCGCGCGCCCCUCCGCCUCGCCCGCCCCACUGUCUUUAAGGAGACCAGAGACCGCCUACUGGAGAGAAAGGAGGAAAAAAUAAAUAAAAAUAUUUUUAUUUUCU